GGCAACAUAUCAGCUAAUUUGGUGUUUUGGUAAAUCGAUCUGGAUUUAAAUGUCCAUCAGAUGUUGAUCUGAUGUGCUACGGGGAUGUGGAAGAUUACAGUUUCUUAAAUAAAGUUAUUCUUUAUAAACUAAACAUUUUUACAUAUUAAACUAUGGAAAUCAAUCUUCUUUUAGUUUCGUUCUUUUUAUUGCUUGCUACUAAUGGGCAAUAUUCUGUCAAUUUGAACUGAUAUUUGAUAAUUUUAGUUUGACAGAUGCUAAUAAAUAAAACUUUGAAUUUGCAAGACAUGAAAUAUUUUCAUUUAAUAUUCUUUCAGUUUUUACGUAUUACAUAAAUUACGUUCUCAUUGCAUUUAUGGAAUUUUUUUUUAUCUCGUAAAAAUGAUUGGAACUCUACUUAUUAAGUUUGUACGUAGUAUCAGCUGUUAAAGUUGGCGGGAUCAAAAGUGUACAGAUCAAGUUUUAGGAGGAGACUGGAAGAUUGGAAGAAACAGAGAAGUAAAAAGAAAAGAAAAUCUUUUGUGGAAGAAAAUACAAUUAACAAACAUUUUUGAAGAGGUAGAACUGAAGCUUGCUUUCACCGCAGACUCUGCAGAGUAAACACUUUUACAGAAACUUGUAACAGUUUAUAACUUGUGUAAAAUAGGGAUGUGGUCUAAUGUUCAACUGACAAAUGGUUGUCCAGCUCCUACCUCUAGGUCUAAGCAUGCAAUGUGUGUCUCCCAAGAGGGUUUUAUUUAUCUUCUAGGAGGCCGCAGCGCAAAUCUACCGUUAAAAGAUCUAUGGAAGUUUGACCCAGUGAAAAGUGUAUGGGAGGAAUUGAAAUGCCGCGGCAACCGUCCACCUUGCCUUCAAGAACACACAAUGGUUUGUUGGAAGAAUAAUAUUUAUGUUUUCGGUGGAGAAAUCGGUUUUGCUUCCACUGGAGAAACGCCAUUGUGGAUUCUUGACCUUAAUGCACAAACUUGGAGAAAGCAUCACGUCCGUGGCUCAUCUGUUCAUCAACCGUCCGGGCGAAGAGGCCAUUCAGCUAUUAUGUUCGAUGGAUUUAUGCAUGUAUUCGGCGGAUAUCAAGACUUGCGUGGCUCAUCCUCUGAACUCUGGAUAUUCGAUUUAGCUACUGAAAGGUGGAGCUUAUUAAUGACGCCAAGCUAUUUCGAGCAACCCCCUCCUAGACAUAAUCAUUCUUGCAUAGUCCAUGAUGAAGCCAUGUGGAUUUAUGGUGGCCUAACAGAUUUACAACCUAGAAAUGAUUUCUGGAAAUGGGAUUUUGGUGCCCACCGCUGGUCUAGAAUAAAAACUCAACGAGGACCAGGUGAAUUACAUAGUCACGCAGCAGUCAAAGCACUGGGCUUUAUGUAUGUUUUUGGAGGAGAGAGAUCAGGAGUUGCCCUUAAUGAAUUAUGGAGAUUUCAUUUUAUUACUGAGACUUGGGAGCGAAUAAAUGCUGAUGGAGUCAUUCCGCCGCCACGAAUCCGCCAUGUUGCUGUUCCAAAUCCUGCCUUUUAUGAUUCUGAUGCUAAAAUGCAUGCUUGGGAUGAUCCUGUCAUAUCUGAGGAAAAAGUGCCAAAUCGAGCGAAUAAUCCGCCCAAAUCUAUCUCCAUGUGCUUUGGACAAACUGCUGCCGAAUCUGAAAAUAAGAAACAUUUUAAAUUCAAGGUCCAUCCAGUUUCCAGAUUUUGCAGUAAAAACACUGGUUCAGAUGAAGAUGAUGACGAAGAAUAUACAGUGAGUUACAAUCCCAGCUCCGCCCAAGUUAAUCUCAAGACUUUGCGUGAUAAGUUUCAUAGCAGCCGGCUGGUGCGCAGUAUAUCAAGUGGCAGUUACUCCAUCCUUCACAACAACGUUAUUACUGAAGCUCGCAGAGAUGAACUGGAGAGAUUAGUAGAAGAAAGUACACCUCACCACCGACCUCGAUUAAAAAUCCAAAAAUCACAAAGUUCAGAUGCAGUGUUGGAGUCUGACAGUGAAAAUGCAACUCCUCAACAUCAAGGAAAAUCCAACCAAGCAGGGAACAUUACUGAUUCUCCUCCACUAUGGGUGGAAAACCCCAACACAUUGCUCAGAUCAUCCUGGUCCGAAUCGACAUUCCAACACAACCGAUAUACUCCACCUGUAAAUUCAAAUAAAACGAACGGUACAGAACACAACUCGUGUACAACUCCCACUGCUAGGCUUAGUAGACUGAGUUAUGAUUUUUCCACAGUGCGUGACAUAAUUGAAGAAAACAGCGAGAAUGCCGAUGAGCCGAAUAUGGUAGAAAGUUCAAUGAAUAAUGAAAAUAAGAACCCUAACUGCAAUGAUGUCAAAGGAACUGAACUUCUGAUUGAUUUGGGGGAUAAUUCUUCCAACAGCAGCAGCAACUUUAAGUCUAGUCAUACAAUAUCUGACUUUGUGAGUCAAACCUUCACUCCCAGUAUUGAAUCUCGUGGUCUUCCCCAUUCUGUGUCUCACAGCUCUGGCUAUUACUCAUUUAAUGAAGAAGACAAUGGAUCUGAUUGCCAUCGUGAGUUUGCAGGUUGCUUAAACUCGUCUUCAACCCGUAAAAGAUUGCUGAAAGGACGGGACUUAGAGCUAAAGACGUUCUCCCCUAAUGACCCCCAAAACCAUGUCAAUGGUAGCAACGAAAUCAUUCUUCCACCACCCCCUUCCAAAGAACGAGCUCGAUCUCUGGACAGAACUUCUCAAAGGAAAUUGAUUCGGAGCUACCCAUCCGGUGGUAGUAUUACCCCAACAAUUUUGAUGUCAACCAGUAUUGUAGAGGACAGUUUUGUGUCUCGUAUUGAGCGUGUACCUAAAUCUGAGUCAUAUUGUGUUCCAACCAAAAAACCUGAAAUCGAAUCCCCAAAUGCUCAUUGGUCUCUAAGCCCACGGAAAACUAGACCAGAGCAACAUCAAUGGCAGCUUUGUUUGUAUAUGUUUGGAGGCCGUGAACAAACUGCUCCAGGCGUGUACAGGCAACCUAUAUCUAUAUGGAAGUUUUAUGUUUAAAUAUAACUGCCAAUGAAAAUGGUUAAAUAUCUAGUCUUUUAGUUAAUUUUAUAUAAUGUGCAAUAUGUUUUUAUGUUUUACAUUUUUAUUUUGCUGUUAGUUGUAAAUAUA